CAGAUAAUAAAUUCUUUGGUCCUGCUUAUACUGUUGAGUGCCCUCGCUGAUCCAGACCUCUAUCACCUUCCAAGCAAUGACUUGAGGAAUGAAUUUUACUAUAUGGAUGAAGCCAAUAUGUGCAUUGCUACUUCAGUAUCACUCCUAAUGAUUUUAAUCUGUGCAAUGGCAACAUAUGGUGCCUACAAGCAACAUGCUGCUUGGAUUAUCCCAUUUUUUUGCUACCAGAUUUUUGACUUUGCUCUGAACUCCCUGGUUGCUGUCAGUGUGCUUGUUUAUCCCAACACAAUUCAGGACUAUCUGCAGCAGCUGCCAUCCAGUUUCCCAUACAAGGAAGAGAUUCUGUCUGUGAAUCCCACAUGUCUUGUUGUGAUCAUUCUAUUCUUCAUCAGUAUCAUCCUGGCUUUUAAGGCUUACCUAAUCAGCUGUGUGUGGAACUGUUAUCGAUACAUCAACAGCCGCAAUUCGUCAGAUGUCUUGGUCUAUGUAACCACCAAUGACACAACAGUCCUUUUACCUCAAUAUGAAGACAGUGCAAGUGGAACAUCUAAGGAGCCACCUCCACCUUACAUGUCAGCCUGA